UUCCGCGUGGUCUGAAAAAAUAAAACAAGCUUCGAGAUAGUUUACCAAGCAUUCCAUUAUUUAGCUAGGAAUCUCGGAGAAAUGUCUAAAAUAGAGUUGUUGGGAUUGAUUUUCAACCAGGGAUUUAGAGCGGCUCCUGAGUUGUUUAGAGCCGUUGAAAAAACUAUAACAAAGUACCAGGGAAAAUAUUCCCUAUCGAAAGAGGAGAACGCCGGUCUACAGAAGCUGCUUGAUAUCCUCCUCUUACCGGAGAUAAAGUUACAUAGAGCAGACCUCCAACAGCUCAACGUCUCUGAGUCAGAGGCUCCCCCUGAGCAGCAGCACUGUGAGCACGAGUGGAGCCCCAGUCUGGGGCAGGAGGACCUAGACCCCACACAGAUUAAAGAGGAACAGGAGGAACUCUGGACCAGCCAGGGGAAAGAGGAAUGUCAAGAGCUGGAGUAUAAUACUAAAGACUCUGUGUUUACUCCUCCCCGUGUGAAAAGUGACUAUGAUCAGUACCCAACUUGGUCCUCACAUCUUAACAAAACCCAAAGUAAGGAAUGCAAAAAUGGAGAUUCGUCCACUGAACAGAUAAAAACAGAACCUCAGAAAGAGAACUCUUCAGAACCAACCAGUGACUCUCAGGCCCUCUCUGCAGUAAAUCCAGGCUGUUCUGCAGCUCAGGGUGAAAACAGUGAAAGUGUUGAUAGGAAGGAGAGUGGAAGACCACUGUCUGCUUUAAAGACGCACAAAUUAAAGAGGACACGGACAGGAAAAGGACAAAGCCCUGCUGGUCCUUGUUGCAAGGUGUGUGGAAGGCCUUGUCAGUCCUUUGGAGCUUUGUUGAUACAUUUGAAAAGUCACAGAAAAGAUAAUGAACACAUUUGUGGUGUUUGUGGAAAAACCUGUCAAUCCCUAAAAUGUGUGAUGGAUCACAUAUUACAAACUCACAGAACUAGGUUUUGUGAUGUUUGUGGUAAAAGGUUUGAUGCUACUAAGGAUCUGGAAAAGCAUAUGAGGACCCACACAGGGGAGAAACCAUUUCCCUGUAAUGACUGUGAUAAAUAUUUUGCCAGUAUUGCAAAUCUGAAUUUGCAUAUGAGGACGGUCCACAGAGGGGAGAAACCUCAUCGCUGCCAUGAAUGUGGCAAAUGUUAUGCUCAGAGUGGAAAUCUGAAUGCGCAUAUGAGGAUCCACACUGGAGAGAAACCAUAUCACUGUAAUGAUUGUGGCAAAACAUUCCGCCUUGGCACUUGCCUUAAAAUGCAUAUAAGGACUCAUACAAGGGAGAAACCAUUUCGCUGCCAGGAUUGUGGCAGUACAUUCGCUAGGAUGGCGCACCUGAAAAAUCAUAGCAGGAUUCACACAGGGGAGAAACCCUAUAGCUGUCCUGAAUGUGGCAAAUGCUUCCCUCAGAAUGGUAAUCUACAAUUGCAUAUGAGGAUUCACACAGGGGAGAAAUCACAUCAGUGUCAGCUUUGUAACAAAUGUUUUACUUAUAGCCAUUCUCUAACAGUGCAUAUGAGAAUUCACACCAAUGACAAACCGUUUCACUGCCAGGAGUGUGACCUAUGUUUCAGUCAGAGUUCAAACUUGAAUCGGCACAUGAAGAGACACAGAGGGGAGAAACCACACCACUGUCACGUUUGUGGCAAAUCUUUCUCCACAGGUUUUCAGUUGAAGGUGCAUUUGAGAAUUCACACAGGGGAGAAACCGCAUGUGUGUCCUACAUGUCAAAAAUGCUUCAGUGACAGAGGGGCGUUAAAUAGUCAUCAGAAAAUACACACUGAGAAGAAGCCAUAUUGCUAUGAUUGUCUUAAAUGCUUCAGAUCAAAGCAACGCCUAAGAGAACACAAGGAGAUAAUGCACAGAAACAUGACUGUGCCCGGUGUGGGGGAAGGGGAUCAGACAGAAGAUUGAGAGGCACAUUCACAGUUUUCUUUGUUGGAUAAGAUAUGACUGAAUUAACGCUUGAACUAUGAGAACAUUGCCAGUCUAACUGGCUUGCUACACCGGACACGUAACGUUUGCACAGCGUGAUACGCACCUAUUCACUUAAAUGAAACCAGGCGUAAGCGAGCUGGCUUCGUGAGAGGAGUCCUUGCUCAUUAGUUUGACACAGGACAUUUGAGCUGCAGAACUGUAUCUGUAAUUAACUUAGUGUGUUGUUGAUGAUGAACUUUGUGUAGUAAGCAUAAAGUUAGGCCCGGAUUCAAUCCGAUCUCGCGUUGAUCCGAUCUAAAGCAAAUUUCAGAUUUAGUUGUCGUAUGCAGCGUUUAGCCUACCGUGAAUGCAAUAUCCCCGAACAUUGCCUUUAAAAGGUGCAUUGUCGACAAUGCGUGAUCGGAUUGAAUCCUGGCCAUAAAGAUUUAAGAUGUGCUGUAAGAUUCAUAUGAAUACACUGCAACAAAGGGUGGUGAUAAACAUGUUUUUUAUUGUGGCCAAACACAACAUUUGAGGACUGAAAAGAAAAUAGACUUUUGAAGGCACACUGCAAAGUAACGUUUUACAUGAAAACAGAGCAACUCGAGUCCUGAGGGUUCUGCAGUGUGUACAGCU